AUGUCAACGAUGGAAAAUAAUCUGGGAGCUGAAGCGGAUACCUCAUCCCGGAAAGCAAAGUUGAACUACGAUUUAUGGUGCAUGAUCUUCGACGAGGUACUGGAAAAAGCUAAAGGAAAUCCGCUACUGUUCCCGGGGCAGUGGUUCGAGCCUGACCUCAUCAAAUGGUUGAGAGAUCUACGAUUGGUGUCCAAAGAUUUCAGUCAAAUUUUGACACCAUUCGCGUACGAGACUGUCGAGCUGAGGAGAUGCCAAAUCCCGCGCAGAGAUCUAUUCGGGAUUGUUGUCUCGUGUUCGGAUUUUCAAAAAAACCUUUCACAAUUCACAAAGAUCAUGGUUCUCGAAGUCAGUAUCAAUCAGAACUAUUUGUCUUCUCUGGUCAAACUCAUGGCUGAAUGUGAAAGCCUGAGAGGAGUCAUAUUCAAAACAGAAGAUCUUCCUGGGUCCCCUGUAGCAGAGUUCAUGUCCAAAAUCCUAGAGGGUUUCUUGAGAAAGAGCAUGCUCUACAGGAUAUGGUACGACCAAGGUUAUUGCAAGAUCCGAUCAGACAAUGUAUCUAACCAUAUCCUCCCCCUCCCGAAGAACAAAGGAGCUUUUCCCAAGAAGAUCCGAAACAAGAAAAGGGAAUCCAUCUUACCGAAAGAAGAAGGUGAACCAAGAGCUCUUCAAUUACUUCGACACCCUGAUAACCGAGCCUUCUCCAACUCCGAACAAUUCUCAUACCGCUUCCCUGCCGUUACACAUCUGUCUCUAAUUCGUUAUCCUUGGAUCCAUUCGGCUUCGACAUAUAACAAUGUUUGGAAUUUCUCGAAGUUGGAACAAUUGGAUCUCGCUGAGAUGAAUCUCCUUCGGUUUUUUGAGAUCGUAUGCGCUAAAGAUUUUGAGAAUCUUCACUCACUCUGCCUUCGGGUUUAUCUCGACGAGAGAUCCAGAGAUAUUGGGAUGUCUGUAGGCUCAGCUAGAGCAGCUCUCAGGGCGAUCAAAAAGUUGAAAAUGCUGUGGAUUGAUCACGAACGAUGGGCCUCUAUUUUCCCGCCAAUUCUUAUUUGCGAGAUUGGCAGCAGUCUCCAGUGGCUCGCCCUACAUGAUAGGACUGGUCCAGUCAAUCGGAGAUCAAUGUCGGUGAAAGAUUUGUGGAACAUUCGUGUUCACUGUCCAAGCAUUUAUUGUCUUCAAAUCGACUGGCCAUGGAACUCCAACAAAUCUGAGCAACAUAAAUUCCUCGAAGAGGUAUGCCGAUUCGUGGAGUUACGAGUGCUCGUAUUCGCCACAGCAGCCGACCCAUUCGAAUUUGCUGCAGUUGAAGCUGAAGCCAAGACCACAUACGAAAGUCAAGCUCUCGGUCAAUACUAUGAGUACGUGAGGCCUUCUAAAAAGCCUAGCCUGAGUCCAGAAUACCGAGCAACUUCUCGACAAAUUGUGGGCUUCCUCCAUGAACAUAAAUAUGGCAAACCUCUCGAAUUUGUGUCCAUCGACCAAAAACUUGAAUACCAUGCAAAUACAACUUCAUUGUAG